GUAUCCUCAGCUCGAGGUAUCAAUGCUUAUGGAAAUACCUCAGUGGUACAGAUAGGUAAUGUUUCAGGCUAUAUUGAUACGCCAGACCCACCAACGAUUAUCAGCUAUUUGCCCGGGCUUCUGUACAAAUUUAGCUGUAGCUAUCCACUGGAGUACUUGGUUAACAAUACCCAGCUUGCUUCGUCAUCAGCUGCUAUUUCUGUAAGAGAGAACAAUGGUACAUUUAUCAGCACUUUGAAUUUGUUGCUUUAUAAUGAUUCAACCUACAGCCAACAACUCCUUAUUCCAAGUACAGGUUUACCUUUGAAAACCAAAAUAUACGCAGCUGUGAGAGCAACCAACCUUGAUGGCAGGUGGAAUGUUUUGAUGGACUACUGUUACACCACGCCAUCUGGUAAUCCUAGCGAUGAUAUUCGGUAUGAUCUUUUUUUCAGCUGUGACAAGGACCCACAGACAACUAUAAUUGAAAAUGGCAAGAGCCAAAUGGGACGUUUUUCCUUUGAGGUAUUUCGCUUUGUGAAGCACAAGAACCAGAAGAUGUCUACGGUCUUCCUUCACUGCGUAACAAAGCUGUGCAGAGCAGAUGACUGUCCCUUUCUUGUGCCAAUUUGUAGUAACAGAGAAAGAAGAGACGUUGGUAGGAGGACAACUUGGAGCCCUCAGAGCGCCUUUGGCAAUGCUGUGAUCUCUGCUGGUCCCAUCAUUACAAGAAGUGAUGAGACGCCAACCAACAAUUCACAGCUUG